AUGAACAACCUCAGACCGCUGACAGAUGACAGAGAAGCCAUUUUGUUGGCUAACUAUGCAGAGGCAAAUAAGGAGGAAGUUGAAAUCUAUGUUCAACAUGGCCAACCCAGUCAGGCAGAGGAAAUUUGUUUUCUUACAUUUGGUGAGGAGGCAGAGGAAGUAAGAGUACAGGAGAUGGAGGAAGAGGUUGUUAUGGAUGAAGAAGAUAUUGGUGGGGUGGAGGGAAAUGUUGAAGUAGAAGACUUGGUAGUAGAUGACGAAGAGGGGAAUGUUGAGGGAGAAAUUGUGGAAGAGCAAGAGGAAGAGGGGAAUGUUGAGGGAGAUGAAGAAGAAGGUGAAGAAGAACAUGAAGAGCAAGAUGAAGAAGAAGAAGAUGAAGAAGAUGAAGAAGAAGAUGAAGAGGGCAAUGUUCUUGAGGACGAAGGGGUGGAAAAUGUUGAUGAAAGUGAAGAGGAGAGAAUGGCAAAUGGUGAUGAUGGGUUUGGGAUGGACAAUGUCACGGUAGAGGAAGAGAGAAGAAAUAUUAAUCCAGUUUUGGAUAGGUGGAAGAGAAUGAAAAACAAAAAUACAAAUGUUAGGAGCACAUUUGUAGAUAGUGAGGGGGCAUUUGUCAUUAACGAAGAAGUUGGAGAGCAUGAGAUAAAUGAAGUUUAUGAUACAGAAGAGUUGUCCUCAAAUGUAGAUAGUGAGGAGGAUAAGAGGGACAAUAAAAGGCACUUUCCAAAGUAUAAAGCAGAAGAUAUGAGUAAGGGAUUCAAAUUUAGAUUGGGAAUGGAGUUUAAGUGUUUGAAGGAUUUUAAGAGUGCCGUACAGGAGCAUAGCGUUUUGAAUGGAAAAGAAGUGAAGUUUGUGAAGAAUGAUUUGAAGAGGGUAAGGGCAGUUUGUAAGAAGGGGUGUGGUUUUGUUAUUAUGGCUAGCAAGGUAGGAAGUAGGCAAACCUUUAGAGUCAAAACUCUAGUUCGGCACAAGUGUGGAAGGGGUUUUGGUAGCAAAAGUGCAAAUGUAGAAUGGAUUACACAGGUUUUGGUUGCCAGAUUUGUCAAUGUUGCAGGCAUGACAGUGAAACAAAUCAUAGAUGAAAUACAAAAGUCAUAUAGUGUUGGAAUAACUCAUUGGAAGGCUGGAAGAGCUAAGAGAAUUGCAAUGGAUUGUUUAAUGGGUGAUGGAGAACGACAAUAUGCUCGUCUGGUUGACUAUGUGGCUGAGUUAUUAAGAGUCAAGGCUGGGACCUUCAAGAUUAAGGUGAAUCAACCCGAACCCACCCUGCAACCAAGGUUUGGGUCAUUUUACAUGUGUUUGGAGGGCUGUAAGCAGGGGUUUUUAGGUAGUUGCAGACCAUUUAUUGGUGUAGAUGGUUGUCACUUGAAGACAAGUUAUGGAGGUCAGUUGUUAGUUGCAGUAGGAAGAGACCCUAAUGACCAGUAUUUCCCACUAGCUUUUGCUGUGGUAGAAACAGAAUGCAAAGACACAUGGAUGUGGUUUUUGACACAGCUGCUUGAUGAUAUUGGAGGCAUAGAUUGUCAAAGGUGGAUCUUUAUUUCGGAUCAGCAAAAGGGAUUAAUGUCAGUUUUUGAUGAUAUCUUGAAUGGAGUGGAACACAGGCUGUGUUUACGCCAUUUAUACAACAAUUACAAGAAAAAAUUUGGGGGAGGUUUGCUCAUUAGAGACCUCAUGAUGGGGGCUGCGAAGGCAACAUACUAUAAGGAAUGGGAGAAAAAAAUGGGUGAGUUAAAAAAUCUGAAUGUUGAUGCCUUUAAUUGGUUAAUGGGUAUACCAACUAAAAGUUGGUGUAAGCAUGCUUUUAGUGCUUAUCCUAGGUGUGAUGUGUUGAUCAAUAACUUGUCAGAAUCAUUUAAUAGUACUAUUUUAAUGGCAAGGGACAAACCAAUAAUUUCAAUGAUGGAAUGGAUUAGAUCAUACAUAAUGAGUAGGUUUGCAAGCCUUAGAGAAAAAGUUGACUCAUAUCCUGGUGAUGUUAUGCCUAAACCGAGGAAAAGAUUGGAUAUGGAGGUUGAAAAGAGUGGGAAUUGGCUUCCGGUAUGGGCAGGGGGUUCACAGUUUGAAGUAACUCAUGGCUUUACCAUGGACAAAUUUGUUGUUGAUUUAAGUAAUCACACAUGUACUUGUUACUUGUGGGAUUUGGUAGGAAUACCAUGUAGACAUGCGGUUGCUGCCAUUCAUUACAAAUCAGAAAACCCAGAAAAUUAUGUUCAUCCUUACUAUAAGAAAGAUGCCUAUAGAACUUGUUAUGCACCAAUUAUAAGUCCUAUCAAUGGACAACAACUUUGGCCUACAUCUGACUCUCCAAAACUACUACCUCCCAUUUACAAAACACCUCCUGGGAGGCUAAAAAAAUUAAGAAGACGAGAAGCUGAUGAAUAUGUCAGCCAUGGAAAAUUGUCAAAGACCAAUACUGCUAUGAGAUGUAGCACUUGCAAUGCAUAUGGACACAAUGUAAGGAAAUGUAAAAAGAGCCAGAAAAGCAAGGACAAAAGGGGGGCUUCUACAUCAACACCUGGAUCUGCAUCAAGAAGGGCUGCAUCUGCAUCUGCAUCAGAAGGUGGAAGGGCUGCAUCUGCAUCUGCAUCAGAAGCUGGAAGGGGGGCAUCUGCAUCUGCAUCACAAGCUGGAAGGGCUGCAUCAAUUGCUGGAAAGGGGGCAUCUGCAUCUGCACCACAAGCUGGAAGGAGAUCAGCCAGAGAUGCAGGGGUUGGGGCUGCUUCUACAUCACAAGGUGGAGGAUCUGUAACUAUGCGUCAAGGGGCAAGAAGAGCAUCCUCAAGAUUGGCUGCACAAAUUGUAGGGUCUCAAAGGAAGUUGUAA